CACAAGGCGAUGAGUCGAAGUGAUUCAAGGAACUGAACUAAAAUAAGACUUAAACUCAUUUACAGGCACGGCACCUUCUCAGAGUUAGGCAAUAAUUUGAAGACAGGGGAAUACAAGUCGUGGAAAUUGUCAAAGUUUAAAGACCUGUGAGCAUAGAUCAGCAAGAUGCCCUUAGAAUGGCUGUUUGGGCGAAAGAAAACUCCAGAGGAGAUGCUGCGACAGAACCAGCGAGCUCUAAACAAAGCCAUGAGAGAUUUAGACAGGGAGCGUCAGAAGAUGGAACAGCAGGAAAAGAAAGUGAUAGCUGAUAUUAAAAAGAUGGCAAAACAGGGUCAGAUGGAUGCAGUAAAAAUUAUGGCCAAAGAUCUGGUGAGGACAAGACGAUAUGUGAAGAAGUUCAUUUUGAUGAGGGCCAACAUUCAAGCAGUAUCAUUAAAAAUACAGACAUUGCGAUCCAACAAUGCCAUGGCACAAGCUAUGAAAGGUGUCACAAAAGCCAUGCAAACCAUGAAUAAACAGCUGAAGUUACCACAAAUCCAGAAGAUCAUGAUGGAAUUUGAGAAACAAUCCGAGAUCAUGGACAUGAAGGAGGAGAUGAUGAAUGAUGCCAUUGAUGAUGCUAUGGGAGAUGAAGAUGAUGAGGAAGAGAGUGAAGCUGUGGUCUCUCAGGUCUUGGAUGAGUUAGGUCUACAAAUGGCGGAUGAUUUGUCAAAUCUUCCUAGUACUGGUGCCAGUCUUUCUGCAGCAGCAUCUAAGCAACCACAGGCCACUGCAGCUGCAGGAGGUGGCGGAGGAGGAGCACUAGACGCAGACGCUGACUUGGAAGCGAGGCUGGAGAACUUGAGAAAAAAGUGAUUAUCAGGGCAGAUAACUGUGAUAAUACAGUGCUGUUUGUAUAUAUUGGAUUUCCCUGUACACAUCAUGACGGACAACAAUGGGCUCUUUUGUAUACUGUAUAGUGACAUCUGCUUGUAAGUCAUGCUGGACUACAUAUGUUGUGUUAAAGGCAGAGGUACAGAUGUACAGCAAAGCCUUACCUAUAGUUCUGCUUCCUGGCUACGUGUGUAACCUUGUAACCCGUGAUAUGUAAUUCUAUGCUUUCCCGUGACUUUUUAUUAUCUGCCUCUGUUCACAUGUUGAUAUAACACUCUGGAGCCAAUUCCACAGAACAAAUUUUGGGUGUAAGUCACAAUUCAGAAUUUUCAAUAUGCUGCAUAGUUUAUUGCCUAAGAACUUUCAUAUUGCGAUACAUUCAUCUUGAGGUGUUUUCAGUUUCGAAAAGCAUUUGAAUUAAAUUUUACCUUGUGAUUUAAGUCAAAAUUGGCUUAGUGGAAUGAGCCCUAGAUUUGUUCGUUGACAACCUGUACUACUGAGCUGACUUCUUGGAACAACCCACAUUUUAUGAAUUAUGUUUAUUAUCCACAUGCUUUAACACAGCCUACAUUUAGUACACAUUGCAGGAGGAAAGGGUGACUCUUUGUCAUUAUGUAAAAAAAGCACAUUUAAUCCAAGUAAAGUGUUCUGUUUCCUGUAGUAUUUUGUAUCACCAAAGCAAAUAUUUAAAUCAGG